AAGGGAAAAAAAAAAACGCCAAUCGAGGAAAAUAGAGAAGGGCUCCGCUCCUAGAGUCCUAGCAGUCUCGAAGAAAGGGGAGGAAAACUCAAAGUCUUGUUUUGGUGCGAAGUAUUUGAGAGUUACUUAUUUAAAUAAAAUUAAUAGGUGCAUCUGAGAGAUCUAGACCAUAAAGAAGCAAAUUUGAUAGCAUGGACAGCCAAAAUGUUGGUUACCAUCCAUGUCUGAAGCCAGCUGUUGUUAUAACUGGAACAGCAAAUGAAGGUACUGCUGGACCAGCUAUCGGUCAUGUUGACAUUGGCGUGAGUGAUGCUGCCUACUUAUUUCGAGUUGCACUUCCAGGUCUUCGGAGGAAACAAAGUACAGUGAAAUGUAUGAUUGAAAGUGACGGGAAGGUUCAUAUUGAAGGAGUCAUGACAGAGACUGGACUUGUCAUAAACUCAUCAACUGUGUACCAGAUGAAAGUCCAGCAACUAUGUGCAGCUGGACCAUUUACCAUCUCUUUUAAUCUUCCUGGAUCUGUUGAUACUCGACUGUUUUCUCCUGUCUUUCGGCCAGAUGGAAUCCUGGAAGUGGUGGUUUUGAAAUCCAAAAUGUCUUCAGAAUUCCUCUAUCCAUUUGAUGGCAACAAGUCUUCCCCUGUCAAGUUUCCCCAAGUAACCGUCUGAUGUCAAGUUUCCGUAAGUGAAGUCUGUUCCAUCAUGCUACCUGUUUGCUUGUGGGUUUACAAAGUACAUGCAUACAGAGAUGUCUUGUCUUGUUAUUUCUGCAAAACGGAAUGUGUUCAGCUCUGUUUACUAGAAAAUGAUUUCCUAACAGUUUCAGAUGUUUCUUUUCGUUCAAUUUACAUCGACAAUGAAGAUCAAGUCUCUUUUAGCUUUA